AUGAAGAUAGUAUUAGCUGUUUGCGUUUUGAUCUUAUUCGCUUCGACAUACUCGAGCGAUGUUGAAGAAGACUACGAUUAUGGCGAUACUGAAGCAUUAGAAGAUUGUCAAUAUGAAAUUGAUUUCAAAACAUAUAAAAAGACGUCCAAGCUCGAUUUAUGUUCUUCAUUAACUAAUCCAACGGCAAACUCUCGUAUUCAAUUACAUGUCUACGCAAACUAUACUGAAGAGAAAAUUCACAUUCGUGCAUUAUCAUCGUCAUUAACAAACUCUCCCGUGAAAAAGUCGCUCGUUUCAUUAACUACUGAUAUCACCGAAGACUUCACAUGUCCAGCAAGUAUUUUAACAAUCGAUGAUUAUCAAUGGAUUUCUCUUCCAACACUCAAAUCAAUUCUCACAUCUUUAAUCAAUGCUGAUUUGAAUUUACUCGGCAAGAAUUUGAAAAAAACAUUAAUCGUUGCCAAAGGUGGACACAAAGACCUACUUAAUUGUGCAGGAAAUUUCUACGCGAAACAGGAUGAGAAAGUUUUAAACAUCACCUUAACUUUCACAAAACCAAUUACAUGUACAAAGGAAAAACCACAAGAUCGAUUUUUCACAUAUCAAGAGAAAACUUAUUUGAAUCAAGCCGAUGAGAAAAAGUUUCGUUUAGCUGAUCUUCAUCAAGAUGAUCCAAAGAAAAUCAGUCGAACAGCUUGGUACACAUGUAACAAUCCAAAAUCUUGUUCACUCGGAGUGCAAAAGAAAGCAAAUCUAGAUAAAACAGCGACGUAUGUUUUGAAAUAUUUACAAAAAGCAAGAGCAGACAAAAAAACAACAUCCGGUUGA